GCAUGCUCAACACUUGAACUUGGUUUUGAUUUUGGUCGGCAGCAUGGUUUCUACUGUAGCCGGUAUGGCGGCGAUGUAUGUUGUUCCAUGAGGCAGUGAAGAAGAGCCUUUCAUUCGCACUGAGUGAGAGGGAACAAGCAAAGGCCAUGGCAGGAGUAUUCGACAUUGAUUUGGAUCAGCAGGACGAAAAUGUGUCUGAGGACGAACUCGAGGAUGGAAUCCAAAUGAGCGAAUAUGGGCGACAAUGCAGCGGGUUUGAAUUUAACAUGGAUGACUGUGAAAAGUUUGAAAUCUCUGAAGACAGCGUCAACAAAGGAACGGAGCAGAUUCGUCCGGAAUGCUUUGAGUUGCUCCGAGUUUUAGGAAAAGGAGGCUAUGGAAAGGUUUUUCAAGUUCGUAAGAUGUCGGGUGCCACUUCGGGAAAGAUCUUCGCUAUGAAGGUCUUGAAGAAGGCCAUGAUAGUGCGUAACGCUAAGGACACUGCUCACACCAAGGCAGAGAGGAACAUCCUGGAGGAGGUGAAGCACCCAUUCAUAGUGGACCUCAUCUAUGCCUUCCAGACAGGGGGCAAGUUGUACCUCAUCCUGGAGUACCUUUCUGGUGGGGAGCUGUUUAUGCAAUUGGAAAGGGAGGGGAUCUUUAUGGAGGACACAGCGUGCUUCUAUCUGGCAGAGAUUUCCAUGGCUUUGGGACACCUGCAUCUGAAAGGCAUCAUCUACAGAGACCUGAAGCCAGAGAACAUCAUGCUCAGCAACAACGGUCACGUCAAGCUCACAGAUUUUGGCCUGUGUAAAGAAUCAAUCCAUGACGGCACUGUUACUCACACCUUCUGUGGCACCAUAGAAUACAUGGCCCCAGAGAUCCUGAUGAGGAGUGGACACAACCGGGCUGUAGACUGGUGGAGCCUGGGAGCUCUCAUGUACGACAUGCUGACAGGAGCACCACCAUUCACUGGGGAAAACAGGAAGAAGACCAUUGACAAAAUCUUAAAGUGCAAACUGAACCUGCCACCUUACCUCACACAAGAAGCUAGGGACCUUCUAAAAAAGCUGCUGAAACGCAAUGCAUCGUUACGGCUGGGGGCAGGCCCAGGAGACUCCUCAGAAAUUCAGAGCCACCCGUUCUUCAGGCAUAUUAAUUGGGAUGAUCUUCUCGCUCACAAAGUGGAGCCUCCAUUCAAGCCUUUUCUGCAAUCAGCUGAUGACGUGAGCCAGUUUGACUCAAAGUUCACUAGCCAGACUCCCGUGGACAGCCCUGAUGACUCCACGCUCAGUGAAAGUGCCAAUCAAGUCUUCCUGGGUUUUACGUAUGUAGCCCCCUCCGUCCUCGAAAACAUCAAGGAGAAAUUCCCCUUUGAGCCAAAAGUCAGCUCACCAAGAAGGUUUCUGGGAAGCCCAAGAACACCAGUGAGCCCAGUGAGGUUCGCUGUGGGGGACUGCUGGCCCCGGGCCCCCACCCAGGCUGGAACCUCGUCCCUUGGGGGUUUUGGGUCUGGAGACCAGCCCAUGGAGGUUGGUGUGGAGCAGAUGGCCAUUUCCUCCGAGGUGUCUGCCCCCCUGCCUAUCAGAAAGCCCUCUGGCAACACCACCACAGGCGGCCCCUUCAAGAAGCAGGCCUACCCCUACCCCAUCUCCAAGCGGCCCAAGCACCUCCAGAUGAAUCUAUGACACUGCUCCAUCUAGAACUUCUUUCCUAAAUCCUCCAUUCACUUAUUUUUUUUUAUUUUAAGAGACUUAUAGAAAUUAAAUAAAUGACUGACGGACCGUCGGCACCAUUCACCAGCUCCUUCAGACGCACCUUCCAUCCCUGCCUCCCUCCUUUCCUUCCAUCCCUGCCUCCCUCCUUUCCUUCCAUCCCUGCCUCCCUCCUUUCCUUCCAUCCCUGCCUCCCUCCUUUCCUUCCAUCCCUGCCUCCCUCCUUUCCUUCCAUCCCUGCCUCCCUCAUUUCCUUCCAUCCCUGCCUGUCCCUCUCUCCCUGGUUGGGCAGCUUGGCAGCCACACAGGGCUUUCUACCCUAGCAGAUAUGACAAACUAUAGGAGCCUCUUGUUAGGGAGAGGAGGAACUAGGGAGAGAACUCCCUCCCACCAAUUAGAGCUUUAGUCAGACAGCAAGAGGUCUUGACUACUUCCUUCAGCCCUGUAGAGUAUAUCUAGAGGAAGAGAUGAGAGCAGUGCUGCUAGAUGCUGCUGUCAAAUUCUGGUGUGCUCCACUGGGCUGGCUUCUCAUGACACGCUGGUGCUUUGUACUUUAGGUGAGUGGGGACAGUGUGUUACUCCUGAUGCAGCAGUGCUUUCCCUCACCAGGAGUGAGACAUUAUUGAUCAAUGAAACUGGGUAAUAGACUUUUAAAGCCUGAGGGUGGAGAUGAUUCCCCCUUAAAUGCCUCUACUUCAUUUUUAGAACUUGCUGACGAGGGGUUACAGGAUCCAUUGUAGCUGAAUACAGUAGAUGGAGUCAAUCACAGUGACACAAUGUACACUGAACACAAUAUUCACUGUAGACUCAGUUAUCCUGCUAUAUAUAGUGUAUUACAUUGUUCAAUUUAUAAAAAAUAUGGAAUCAACAAUUCCUUUUUCUGCUUUGUCACUUCAACAUCCCAUCCCAAACGUAUUGGCACUGAGUGAAACAGGAAGGUACAACCUGAACUCGUCCAAUGAGAACACCGAUUUCCCUGAUCCCUACUUAACAUGACCCUGAGCCACGUUCAUUUGCUAAGCGUUGUUGUACGUUGCCGAUAGAAAUGGCAUGAAUAGAGCUGACAUGAUUCCUUGGUCUACAUCUCACAUUUAGACCUGAACGUUGUGUCCUUCUGAACACGCCCCACGUGUGGUGUCAUUGAUGGAGGGGCAGCUAAAAACACGACGUGUACUAUUUCAGCUGAAUGCAUCACCUCCUGCCCCACUUAUCCUUCAAUACCAAAUGCUGACACUGCUUUACCAGUCUGACUGGAUCUCUAGGUAGAUGGAAAACCAUUUAUGUAUGUAGUACGUUUUUGCGUUGAAUGUAAACUGACUCGAUGCCUUUUCGAGUGUCACUUACUCAGAUGACCCACAUAAGUUCUCCACGAUUAUGAUGCAUGCAGAUUUAUUCUAAUAUUAUGGACCUAUUCUUUUUGGGCGUCUGCCAAUUUGUGAUUGUCAGAGAUCAACAGAGAGCCUGUCCUUUUUUAAUUGAAAGAAGCAAAGCAUUGAGGCCAAAUUCUCGUCACCACUGCCUUUUAGUGUUUAGCUAAUCGCCAGGUUGCAUUUUUCUAAUAGUGUACCUGGCUAGGUGCUUCAUGGAUGCUUCCCUCAGUCUUUAUGCAGCCUUGGUGAUAUCAGUAGGGCUAGUACCUCUGAUUCCAUUUUAUCUAGGGAUUGUUUGAAAUAUGGUGUGACUUGAAGCUUAUGUAUGCAUAUAUGUGGUAUUUAACUGUCUUAGCCUCUGGAGAAAAGCCAUUUGAUCCUCCUCUUCCCCAAACAGGAACAUUUGUCACAAUAAUCCAAUCAUACGGUUCUGUCUAGAGGAAGGCAGCUUGCUUCCUGAGACCUAAACUUGAAAUGAUUCCUUUCUGCCUGGAGAUGUAACAAUAUUUGCUCCAGUGAGUUUAGAUACUGUAGUUUCCCCCCACCGUGGAGCUAUCAGAUUCACAUGACCAAGAUAACCAUAAUGUAUAAGUGUGUGUGUCUGUGAUUUGAUAAACUUGAAAAUAUGCCUCAUUCAAUAAGCAAACAAUUGUACUAUUCUGUAUAUUUUUGAACCAGGCAGUUUUAUUUGGGUCGUUCUCUAGAAUCUGUUAGGCCUACGUCAUGACUGAUAGGUUUGUAGAGGGACACACACAAGUAAUUUUAAUACAAUUGAAUGUGUAUCCUGACAAAGGAUUUCCUAUUCCAAGACAGGUUUAUUCAAGUAUACAUUUAGCUUGUCAGUGAAGGAAUGGACGAAUUGUUUUGGCUUCAGGUUCCAUUGGAGAGGAUGUUUGGUGUGCUUCAGAGCAACUUUCACCCCCACAGUGACCAUGGCUUACCUUUUUUGAAUAUAUUUAUAUAAUCCAACUUCUGUUUUAUUUUUUAUAAGUGCCAUUAUAUAUUUUUUCCACUGCAUCAGUCACACUAUGCAACCAAUGUAUUUAUGUAUUUUGCAUUAUGUUUAAAAAAUGUCUAAGUAUAUGUUUUUUCCAAUGAAUCUGUUUUGAGAAACCUCAAAAUGCAGCAGUUCUUUAAUUUGGAAUAAAGAAUGUCUUAAUAUGUAAGGUGCAAAAUAGAAUCCUAUUGUACGAGGGACAAGUUCAGAAAGUCAGGUGCAAAAUAGAUUCCUAUUGUACGAGGGACAAGUUCAGAAAGUCAGGUGCAAAAUAGAUUCCUAUUGUACGAGGGACAAGUUCAGAAAGUCAGGUGCAAAAUAGAAUCCUAUUGUACGAGGGACAAGUUCAGAAAGUCAGGUGCAAAAUAGAUUCCUAUUGUACGAGGGACAAGUUCAGAAAGUCAGGUGCAAAAUAGAAUUCUAUUGAAGUUCAGAAAGUAACUGAUCAUCUUGUGCCGGCUUCUUUAAUUCUGAAAACGUGAUAUUUAAUGAGAUGCCUGCAGCGUGUUGAAACAUGGGCAGUUUAGGUAGGUGUGUGUGAUGAAAAAUACUCACUGAUGCAAAAACGAAUGGGGGGGUUGGGGAUGUGCCUUGAAGAAAUUGCAUGUAUUUUCAGAUGUGUAUGGAAUGUUAGUUACUGAGGAAGAUGACUAGACCAUAUGUUUCUAUUUAGUGGUAUAGGGUCUUUGAUGAAGUGGUUUUCUGUGCUGCUCUAACCUGUUGAUACUGAAAUUGUCUGAAUGAUACUGAUCUGAGUGAUUACAGAGCUUGAGGACCUUUUUAUGAGUGAGUGUUUGGGAACAUAAAUCAUAUUCAUCUUCUCAUUAGAAGACUGCUGCAAACAGUUCAUCAGAGUCAAUAUUUCACCCCUAUAUUUAUUCUGAGACAUUUCAGGGGGUUUGGAUGUUGAUAUGUAAGUGGAUGGAUGUGAACAAAAUAAAAAGCAUAACUCAG